AUGGCAUUCAUGUUUGCUUGAAAGCAUGCCUGAUUUCCUUGUUGGUAUGGCUCAGAAAUGGCCAUGGCUGACAUAUUUGCUUCUGUGCCUUACCCAAAUCGAAGCCAUUCGCUGGCCAUGUUCGAAAGUGGCACGUUCUUGCCUGUCCAGGCGUAUGACUGUCUAUGAACCCUGUCAGGCUUUCGGCAGCCAUCUUGGCCCACUCAAGCUUCUCGUGACCAAGCCACGCCUGUUGACGCAACCGCAUGGCGGUGGUUACCAUUGGCAUGUCCGGACGUGUGGCGAUGAGCCAAGUGGAGUUUGAGAAGUGGUGGGAUGCACAGCCUCGAACGGGCGGGGUGUGCUUCUACGACGCCUUGCGAAGGGAGGUGGCCCAAAGAGAGCAGCUCGCGAAUUUCCGGCAGCUGCAGCUGGCCGGGAGCGAUGCAACCCCGCUGGGGCCCGAAAGCCAUUGGCAGAUGUCGUCCUUGGUUGCAGUGAAGCGGGAGUGCUUGACCACCAAAGGCCAUGAGCUUCACGAAGCAGCUGGUGCGGGCAGCGCUGCAGCCGUGAUCUCUUUGUUGGAGGAGCCUCAGGACCCAGAUCAGAUAGAUGACACCGGUGCAUCUGCCUUGCAUUGGGCAGCGAUGAAUGGGCGACAAGAAGUUGCGCGUGUGCUGUUGGAAGCUGGCGCUGACGCGGGCAAGGCAGCCAACAGGAGCGGACAAACGCCCUUGCAUUUUGCUGCAGAAGGGGGCCAUCAAGAAGUUGCAUCGCUCUUGUUGGACGCUGGCGCUGACCCAGACACAGUUGACAUGUGCAACACGACAGCCCUGAAGCUGGCUACACAGACGAGGAAUAAAGGGCUCGCGAGCCAAGUUCUGAAUGCCGGUGCUGACAGGAACAAGGCCGACGACAGCAGCGGAAUCACAUGCAUGCAUUUGGCUGCACUGAGGAGCUAUCCCGAGAUGAUAGUAUUUUUGUUGCAAGCUGGAGCUGACGCAAACAAGCCUGACAAGGGUGGAAGGACACCUUUGCAUUUGGCUUCAGAGUGGGGGAAUUAUGAAGCUGUACACUGCUUGUUGGAAGCUGACGUCGACCUGCACAAAGUUGACAUGUACGGAAGCACGCCUGUGCACUUGGCUGCAUACAAUUGCCAUCAACUGAUCGUUCGUUUCUUGUUGGACGCUCGUGCUGACCCGCAGAAGGGCAAACAUGGCCGCAAGACGCCUUUGCAUUUAGCUGCGUUGACAUGAGGUGUCACCAACUGCAUGCUGGAAUUCCAAACCAGGGU